AUGCACAUUCUCGUUCAAUCUUCUUCUGGGGAGAUAUUUGAAGAGUGCCUCCUUGUGCCCGUUCCUGGAACAGAAGACAAUCCUGUACAAAACCUGUAUAAAGAUAAAAAUAUAGCAGAAAAAAAUGAAGAGAUGUGUGUGGAAGAGACAGAAGACAGCCCUUGUGAAAAUAAACAUAAUGCAAACACAGGAGACUGUGUGGAGAAAAGACCGUCUAUCCUCGAAAUUAGAAAAAAUGAGUAUGCAGAUAUACGGUGCACUUUCAUCGACGCAGGGAGCAUUGAAAUACUUGGUCUGCGGCACUCUGGCAAGUCUCUGUUUAUGGCAGAGCUUCUUGCAAUAAACUCUCAUCUGUCGCCCACCCUCAUAAUUACAAAGGGGCCUGUUCCCUCUAUAAACCACACGAGGAUAUACACAGCAACAAGCAUAGAUAAAAUGAAUGCGAGACUCGAGUCUAUCAUCACAGAUAGCAGCGGUGUAAGAGGCAGAGUUCUUGGAAUAGACGCGCUAAACACAAUACUCUUUUCAAACGACAAGCCAGAAAAGGAAAAACAGCUGUUUUUUUUGCUAAAAAUACUGAACUGUCUGGGCACGCGCGUGCUUGUAGUUAACAGCCUGCUGGAGAUAGUUAAGAAGACAUCCAACUUCUACAGCAGAAGCAUACUCUUCAAGCCAUUACCCCACUAA